UAAAUUUACAUCCUGCAGAACUUUUGGAUCAAAUAAAUAGUUACGCCAACUGACAACUCGGGAUGCCAGUUUUAAAAUAUCUUAUCGUUUUCGUCGCAUAUCAAGCAAUACUCCAAUUCAUUAUUACACAUGCCUUCAGCGUGUAAAAGCAAUUCUGUGCAACCAAUACGAUGUAAACAUUGCGAAAAAAAUCAUCAUUUUGUCAGCAAAAUCUUGGCAUCCCCUUAACGACCCCUAUUUCUGUCAAAACAGUAAAAAGAACAAUUUUUGAAAAAAGAAAAGGGUCGUCUGAUAGUUCUGGUGGCCGUAGUAUUAUGCGCAUUUAUUUUGAGAGGGCGUACAUAACGAGUGAGAUUGCGUGACUGUUCAGAGAUCUCGCGGGAAGAUACAUAAUAAUGAUAAUUUUGAGAGUUCGUUAUUGCCCCUGAUAAAAUCAUCGAUAAUGGCAUGAUAAUGGAGGAAACGUUGCUGGAGAUUGCACACGUGAAUACAUUACAUAUCGUCAAAAAUGAUUGGUAUUCGCAACUAUUUUCUACUAUUAGAAUUUAGUAUUAUUAUAGAGAAAUAAUCACACUAGAAAUCAUCGUCUCAAGGAAACUAUUUUUUAAUUAAAUUCUACUAUAAUGUCAGUGGCAAUAACCUUAGAUGCAUGUUACUAUUACAUUUUCGUAUUAGAACAACAAAAAAUAUGGCUGUAUCAAAACUAACUACCCAGGUCAACCAUGUUUUGCUCUCAGAAUAUGGCGUAAUUUUUCCUCCCGGUAACAUAAUACUACAACGUGAAGACGUAAUGCCUUCAUAUAUAAUAUUCGUUCGUGAAGCUAUGCUCUAAGGAUAUCCGGAGGACAUCGAAGAUUGUCCCCUCGUAUUUUCUUUCGCGCAGAUGGAUCGGCAGUCGGCGGAGGGAGAUAAGAACGAGGAGCAGGUAGAGCGAGUCGAAGGAACGCGGUGUAGGGGCCCAGCUGCGAUAGCGUAUGUACGGUAAUUGCCAUCCAUCGCGCUCCGUAGCCGUGACGGAAGAUUGAGAAACGCGAGACGCGCGCGCACGAGCUCUCGCGAAGCCAGCGUGCGUCCUGUCGUGCGUAGAGUACGAGCAAAAAGUGCCAUCUGCGAAGGACUUCGCUCUCUCUCUCGCGGUCUUCCUUCCGCGACAAACCGAGCUGAACUCGCGCGGGAGUUCGUUGCUUGGAAAUAACAAUUUAACAAAAAAUCAACGGAAUUCCACUCGCGAUAACGUCGCCUGGAAUGAAAAAGCGUUUUAUCAUGAAAGGAGUUUGGAGUCUAUUUUACCGAGUGAUAGCUCGCGGUCACUUAACUGGGUUUGAAAUCGAGAGGAAUGGAUGAAGAUAAAAUAAUUCCUGCGUCAAAAGACGAACUGGAGUAACGCGGUAUUCGACUGAUUGAAUCUUCCCGAGUUUCCGCUUUGAAAGUUACAUCAUGUGCUUGUUAUCAAUAAUCGUACACUGAAAAAAUUAUUGAUGUGCGUUAUUAAUCAAAUUUCUGGCGAAAUAUAAAAGAAUCGGAAAAUUUCGAGUCAACCUGUCCAAGUUAAUCAGAAAUCUUGUCAACUUGAACAGAAUGCCGAUAACUUCAAGCGAAAUUUCUGGUUCAUAUUUCACCAGAAAUUUGGUUAAUCCAAUCAAACUUGCUUUCCCGUAUAUCAGUACACUUAUAAUCGAUGUUGACAAUUCUUUAGCAAUCGCAUAUCGCGACAUUCCUCGACGUGUUAUCAAUAUCGAAGCGACGAUUAAACAUUAUCGAUACUCAAAUAUAACUUAACCUAACUUUAAUUUCGGUAGAUUUAAAGUUCUAUGUUAAGGAGAUGCUCGACAUAGCACAGUUUUCUCUUUUCUCUUAUUUGGGUGGAUUAAAUUGAAAAUGCUCUUAUAGAAUAAAAGUACAAACAUUAAUGAAUAUCUGAGACUAAACAGUUGCGUGAAAUCAAGAAAAAAUGUUUUUAUUUAUCGACUGAUCAUAAAAAGUUUUUUGUUGAUUUCAUACUACUGUUUUUCAUAAAAGCAUUUUUAAUUUGAUGCAUCUAAUUAGAAGGAAAAAGAAAAUUACGAAGCUGCGGUUCCGUUAUCGCGACGAAUCGAAACAACUUCAUCCUCCGAGCAAGGAGACUCACCGCAUGAAUCAAGCGUAUGUAUGUACAACCGCGAUGCCUGCCUCGGUCGAUCUACUCGCGCGCGUAUAUACGUCGCUCCAUCACGAGAUGGAGCCAGCUGAUGCGCAUUGUUUUCUUUGCGCCGAACAGCUGUCAAAGUCGCGCGCGUGUGGCGAUUUCGUCCGUCGUCGUCUCGAAGCAGUGCGACGUGUUGUGAAACGUACGGUGUGAUAAGCGCAGAAACUGCGUGCAUGCGUUGUGUGUAUAUAUGUGUGUGUGUGUGUGUGUGUGUGCGCGCAUACAUAUGUGAGGAAUGCAGUGUAUAGCGUAACACGAUGCCCCGUGCGACGCAUAGAUCUCGACUCUGCCUGUAAAUGCGACACGGACGAUUAAUCGGGGAUAACCUCUCGCUGCCUGAUCGCGGACAGCGAAAGAGACACGCGCGCGCCUUGCCACGUCGUAGAGCCAGCAGAAACGCCCAUCGCAGCCUCACGGCAUGGCGUGCCUGCUACUGAAUCAGGAAAAUGUGCAUCUCAAGAUACCGUCGACCGACACGGCGGACGGGGUGACGUACUACUGCAUCGAGGUUAAGAUCGCGUCGAUCAAAUGGACCGUGAAACACAGGUACAACGACUUUGCGGAGCUGCACGAGAAGCUCGUGUCCGAGCACUGCGUGGAGAAGGAUAUCCUACCACCUAAGAAGCUCAUCGGCAACAAGUGCGAGGCCUUCGUGGAAAAGCGCAGGCUGAGUCUCGAGAUAUACCUCAAUGCUGUCUACAACUACCUGAAGAAGGCCAUGCCUACGGAAUUGGCUGUAUUUUUGGACUUGCACGUGUACGACAUAUACUUCCUGCUGCAGAGCAUGGCCUUGGAGUUCUUCACCCGCGGCGACGCUCUGCUACAAACCUCCACCAACUACAAAUUUAAUCCUGUACAACUGUACGCGAUUAGCGAGAGAUUGAAGCAACCGUGCUCGUCUAUGGAGGUCGUGGACAAAAAGUACGACUUUAGCCACGUGUUGGACUUCAACUCUCACCUGACCAGUCUCAUCAUCGAGGGCAGCGCGGAGCCUUACAGAACCAGCAACAUCUAUUCCUCCGCGUUGUCCGUCGAACUGUCCACCUUCAAGAACGUGCAGUACCUAACGAUCGACCGAUACCCCGUAGACAAGAUCUACAACAUGGGCAAUCUACGGGACACCGUGAGUGUGCUGAGGGUCACGCACACCAAGCUCCGUAACAUCGUGGAGCUGGCGAUGUGCGAGGAGGUGCACAAGAACAUCGAGAACGCGAACGACUCACACGUGUGGCUGAAGGUGACGCAUCUGGACCUCAGCGACAAUCGCAUCGAGACGAUCGACGAGGCGAUCAAGCUGCUGCCGCACAUCGAGUGCCUGACCCUCAACAACAAUCACCUGUCCGAGAUCUCGAAUGUGACGCUAUUGCCGCGGCUGUCGCAACUCUAUCUAGCCUCGAACAACUUCACCAGCCUGCCGAACGAUCUUCACACGAAGCUCGGUUACAUCGUGUACAUCGACCUGUCGCAGAACAAACUCACGUCGCUCGCCAGCUUCUCCAAGCUCUACUCGUUGGAGGGGCUGGACGUCAGCUGCAAUCGCAUCGAGAGGAUCGAGGAGGUGAAGAACAUCGGCCAUCUACCCUGCCUGGAGCACCUGAGGCUGACGGGAAACCCGGUGUCGACGAUAGUCGACUACAGGGUCAAGGUGUUGGAACCGUUCGGCAAGAGAGCCGCUGACAUUUGCCUCGACAACGAGAAGCCGAAUCAAAAGGAGCUCGACACCGUGUCGGUGCACCAGGCGUUGCGCAUCGCGCGGGAAGGUAAAUCGCCGACGUUCACCGCGUCCGACGCGCCACUGUUUUCCGCCGAAAUCCCGAGUAUAUAGGGAUCCCGAUCGAGCAACCCUUUCCCCCCCCUCUCGCCACGCUCAGAACAAAAAGUACGAGAGUAAAAUCUUUUUAUACAACGCGUACAUUUUUAUCACUUCACGAGACUGAGUCCCCUUCCUCGGCAAAGCCGUCGUCGUAUCGUUUUUACUUAUUUCGACACGUAUGUACUCACGUAUGUUGUGUUUGAUGUAUGCAAACGGAUAACACAGGCAACGUAUGGAGAUAAAGCGCCUUCGUUAUCGUGCUUUUAACCGUCUUCUGAGAGACGGGCAAUUUUAACAGUAUAAACGGUGGGGGAAAAAGUAAAGGAAUAAAAUGAAUAAAUAAAGUUGCGCGCUUGUCGCGAUGUCGUCUCUCUGUGUUUUAAUUCGGCGAGUAAGCAAAUCUAAGAGAUACGCUUCUUCAAGCAGGAAUAAAAUGUCACAGAUCCAUGACAAAAUUGCACGAGAACAACUUCUAACGCGUGCACUCCGAGCGAGACGAAUUCGUGCAAUUUCUACGGUUUUUCUACGUGCGAUGUACAUAUCGGCGCACGCGUUACGCGAUUUCCGUCUAUAACGUGAACGAUCACAACUAACGGAACUACUUUUAAUAUACGAUGUAUUCGUGAUCAUUGGAUUUUUUUCGAGAUGCUCUCACUAUGGUUAGCGUGAGUCGCAGUCAAUUGUGCGUAAUUCUAUUUAUUCUAAAAGAUAAAUUAUUAAACAGUUCUAUUUAAUUUAAAGUGCAGAACGCACGAAACAAUCUGGCGUAUCGAUUUUAUAAUUUAACGCAAAGGAUUGAAUCUGUAUAUAAGAAAGAUGUAUUUUGUUAAUAAAGACGAAUAAACCAGCAAUCUGUGAUAA